GAAUCAAUAGGGCAAUGGGUAACCUGGCUGCACGUUUUAUUUGAGCGUGUGCUGAUGACAGUUUGAUUAAUCAUCCUUACUAUAAACCAGGUGUCUCAAAGAUUAAAAGAGGCCAAACAUGCUAAGAAGUUAUUCCGUCUUUUAUUAGUCUGUUGGCCAGGAGUGAAUAGUUUUACAGCAGGCCAGGUAAUAUUAUAACGCUUCCACCGGUCUGACUUCACAUUUUGUGCCCGGCCCGCCUCUCCCUCCGCCUCCAGCAGCAGACAGACCGAUACAAAGCCCUGUCCAACACCACAGUCGCUUGAAAGAAACAUGGGAUCCGCGGGAAACCUCUGCUCGGUCCUGCUGGUUGUCUUUUUGCUGGAGCUUCAUCCCUCCUCAGGUUUCUGGAUCGUCAACGUUGUCUUCCCGCCCAGCGCCAAAACCAGAGUACCAAGCAACAGCACUCCACCACUCAUUAUCGUGCCAGGGAACUUGGGGAAUCGUCUGGAAGCUAAGAUAGACAAGCCGACACUGGUCCACUGGAUGUGUUACAAGAAAACUGAACACUGGUUCCCCCUGUGGAUUGACCUCAACAUGUUCAUGCCUAUAGGUGUAGAUUGCUGGAUUGAUAACAUUAGACUUGUUUACAACAGGACAACUCGACGGUCAUCCAACUCACCAGGGGUGCAGGUGCGGGUGCCAGGAUUUGGGCAGACAUAUCCCAUAGAGUUUCUUGACUAUAACAAACUGGCUGGUUAUUUUUACACUAUGGUGCAACAUUUGGUCCACAUGGGCUACAUACGAAAUGAGACGGUCCGAGGAGCCCCGUAUGAUUGGAGGCUAGCUCCUAAUGAAAAUGCGGAGUAUUUCACAAGGCUGCAGGACCUGGUUGAGGAGAUGUACGACCAAUACCAGCAGCCUGUUUACCUGCUGGGACACAGCAUGGGCUGCCACUACGUCCUCUACUUCCUCAACCACCAGCCUCAGGCCUGGAAGGACAAGUACGUCAGUGGCUUCAUUUCCCUGGGAGCUCCAUGGGGGGGAGCUGUUAAACCACUUAGAGUCCUGGUGUCAGGUGAAAAUGACGGCAUCCCGAUGAUUUCCAACAUCAAGAUCCGCGAGGAGCAGAGGAUGACGACAACUAAUCCCUGGAUGCUGCCAUCGGCGGAAGCCUGGCCAAAGGACCACGUGUUCAUCUCCACACCGACCUUUAACUACACCAACCAGGACUACCAGCGCCUCUUCACAGACAUCAAUUUUGAGGACGGCUGGCACAUGUGGGAGGACACCAAGAACCUCACUGGUGAUCUCCACCCACCUGGUGUUGAGGUGUGGUGUAUGUAUGGCGUGGGGCUUCCAACUCCGGUAACAUACAUUUACGAUGAGGAGUUUCCCAACGCAGACCCAGUGGACUUUGUUUACGCUGACGGGGAUGACACAGUGGACAGCUUUAGCAUGAGUCUUUGCAAACGUUGGGUGGGACAGCAGGAGAAGCCCGUCCAUGUUACAGAGUACCGAGGGCUGGCCCACCUGGAUAUAGUGUUCCAUGAAAAGGUGAUCAACGUAAUCCAGCAUAUCCUGGAAGGCAAUUCAGAAACGCCCAAAGAGGUUGUUGUCCGAUCUGGAACUAAAUAGCAGACAAUAGCAUUUAAGAGUUUAAAAAACAAAAACACAUGGAGUGCAGGAUUUUUAAAUAGUUGACUUUCAGUCUGUUCAAGUGUCAAGCAAAAAAACACAUUCCACGUAACUCCAACAUUUAUUAGCAUCCCCUCUUAGCCCAAGUAAGUGCAACAGUUCGAAACCAAUCUGGACUAGCAAAUAAUAUAAAAUAUAUAAAUAUGUUAGUUUUAUCACAGUGCAUUCAGAGGCAACUUCAUAUCCUGUUACAUACAUCUUUAAAAAAAAAACACAAUUCUGCUUUGUUUACUUUUGAUGGAUGAUGAAUUAAUCAUCGCAUCAUUAUUAUUUUUAAAGUGCACACACACACACACACAAUGACACAUAUUUGUCAUAUUCCAUGGAUAGUUAGAAUGUGACUAAUGGAUAGUAGCCUAUUUGUAUUGUGUAUGAUGUCACUGUAAUAUUUCUAUUAUGAUUUAUAUAUUUUUAGAUAUCUGUAUAAAAUCUUUUUGAAAGAGUAUAAUAACAUCGCUUUUUCCUCAGGCUCAUAUACAGUAUCUUAUACAUGCACAUUAAACUAAUGUUGUGAAAUGAUAUUAUAUACUGUCGUGUAAACAUGCCAAAUGUAUUUGAAUGUUUCCACUUAUAAUAAAGCAUCUGAUGUAACAAAA